CCCCCGACACGCCCUCCUUCUCCUUGAACACACCCAUUACCAUCAUCAGCGGCACCUCGCUUGGCCACUGCCACUUCACGCUUUAUCCACCGCGGCGGUGGUCGGAGAGAAGGAGCAAGACCAUCGCUAACGGGUAGCCCCCGGCUACAAUCGCCAAUGACGGCAGUAGCGUCCCCCGUCCCCUUCCAACCUAGCACGCGAAUAGGAUGGACGUCUAAUGCCAACGGCUUCGGCGCGAUGAGUUCCGACGAAGUGAGCCGCAUGUUCACUCCCGGCCCCCGGAAGCCCGUCCAACGGCAGAACUCCUCCUCCUCCCUCUCCUCCAACGGCUCCGCAAGCACCACAUCCUCCUCCUCGACCAUCACCGCGCCGCCCGCUACGCAAACGAACGGAGCAGUGAGCGUGACAACGACACCCGUCGAGGCUGGAAGCUGGGCGCAGAGGAAGAAGCCGACAAGAGGUCUGUGGCCACCCGGCGCACCCGGCAAGGCGGAGCCGGCAACCGGUCUAUCAACUGCGCGUCCGCAACCCAUCAAUACCGCCGUCUCAGGCGCCACGCCCGUAUCAGCGGCCUCGGCGCUGCACGCACCACUCCUUCCAUCCCAGCAGAUGGCGAACGGCAGCGCACAGGCCAAUGGCGUCCGAACGCAGACCCCCAUCGAACCGCCCGUCAUCCUUCACUUGACGCCCAUGAACCACACUUUCGACCGCAAGACCAUUACCGUUCCAUACCAUCCCGAUGUGCUACGAAUUGGCAGACAAACGAACCAGAAAACCAUACCCAUGCCCACCAAUGGCUUCUUCGACUCCAAGGUCCUCUCGAGACAGCAUGCGGAGAUCUAUGCCGACCGGCAAGGUCGCAUCUACAUCCGCGAUGUCAAGUCCAGCAACGGCACCUUUGUGAACGGUAUGAGACUGAGUCCGGAAAAUAAGGAGUCCGAGCCGCGAGAAUUGAAGGAGCAAGACAUGCUGGAGCUUGGGAUUGACAUUGUUUCCGAGGACCAGAAGACCGUCGUGCACCACAAGGUUGCCGCCAAGGUGGAGCACGCGGGGAUCUACGGACAAGGCACCGAUGGAUUGAGCUUUGGCGAGCUGGAUCCCACUGCGGGAGGUGGAAUACUGGCACCACCGUCACAGUUGCGAAGAACGGGAAGCCAAGGUUCAGUGAACGGACGCGGCACCUUGAAUGGAGCAGCUGGUCAGAGUGCGGCAGGUGUUGGAAUGGUGAACCAGCCGCAACAUCUGCGGAACUGGUUGAACCCCAUUACGACGGAUCAAAUCAUGAAGAAGUUGAACGCCGAGCUGAAAUACGCCAUGCAACAGUCACAGGAGCUCUCCCGGGCUCGUCAAAGCAUCGAGGCCAUGCUCGGCAACAAGGUCGAUUCGCCGGUGCGAGACUCCAAACCAGGGUCGGAGAGGUUCAACCGUCCGUCGUCAGUCAAGUCGAAGACCGACUUGAAAGCGCACUUCUCCGAACCACCCGCACCCCCACCUUCGGUGCCCUUACCAGAGAAGCCUGACGUAGCGCGUGCACUGGCCGACCCCCUGAUCCAGCCUCUGCUGAGACGCAACGACACAACGAAGCCGUCAUCGGCAGACGACUCACCCACACGGCGUGAUCAUUCAAGCGACAUCCUGCGACUGUGUGAAGAGCUCAAACUCGCCAAGGGCCAGCUAAGUACGCAGGGAGAGCGGAUGAAGAGCUUGGAGCACGAACUCGCGCAGGAGCGGACGGCGCGGGAAAGUGCAGAGGAGCGGGCGCGAGGCCUACUGGAGCAAGGCGGCGAGCACAAGCCUCGCGAUGAAGAUCAGAACGGCGAGCCGCAUGCCGUCGAGCCGUCACCCACAAACUCCACAUCCAACCUCCAACUCCAACUCGACCGCCUUCGCGCCACAAUGGACGAAAUGAAGCAGCAGAUGGAAACCUACAGGCAACGCGCGGAAAAAGCCGAAUCAGAACGCGACGCCUCCCGGCAAACCCUAGCAGAGAUGAUCGAGGAAAAGCGUAAACAGAACGCCGACACCACCGCUUCCGCAGCGCAAACCUCCUCCCCCUCGUCAUCAAAGAACAAACACACCACUCCAGGCACAAGUCCGAAAGGCACCCACUCAAGCACACAGCCGCACCUCAACGGCCACGCCGUCUCCCCCGCCGUCGCCGCCCCCUCUAGCCCCACGAGCGAGAACCUCCUCGAGCGAGCGGGGGUGGAGGAAGGGCAGCCCAUCACGCCGGAGCAGGCGAAGAUGCUGACGCGCUUUUUGACGCAGGAGGUGCUGAAUCCUUCUGCCUCUGCUUCUGCUUCUGCGGGCGCGGAAGGCGGGGUGCUGGCGUAUCAUGGGCGCCCGAUUGCGUCGGCUGCUGUGGUUGUUUUGAUGGGAAUGGUGAUGAUGAGCUGGAUGAAUGGGUGGGUGAAGGUGGAGAGGUGAGGGUCUUUCCUUGGUGUUUGAGUUUGUGGUGUUGGACUUGUUGCAUUGGGCGUGCGCGGCGUUAGGGAGGUGGAAGCGGUUUUGGGCUACGAGAUGGACAUGGUUGAGGGCAGGCUGGGCACAGCG